ACUCUUUUGUUUCAUUUUUCGGUUAUAAAAACUUUUCUCACUCAAUAAACCAGCCUAACAUUACGUGCUGAAAUUUGUAUAUCUAUGAAUGACUAAGCUUUCCAAAGCUAAGGUUGUGGGGGCAACACUCCUUUUUAUGGGUUAUCACAUUGUUGUGUCUUGUAGUAGAUUCACCAACCCUGUUUUACGGAACAAUUUUCACAUUGUUACCACUCCAUUGCCGCGCCACCCAUGUUCGUUUCUUUACUCCACCAUAUCAUUUGGGUCACCACCACCAUUGGGUGCAUAUCAUUCCCACUUACUCAAGAAUGGCUCUCUUCAAAAUUUGAACUUGGCUAACUAUCUUUUGUCUCUCUAUGUUAAAUCCAGCAAUAUGAACCAUGCCCAUAAGCUGUUCUAUGAAAUUCCCCAUAAAAACACUCAGACAUGGACAAUCCUUAUAUCAGGUUUUGCUAGAGCUGGCUCCUCAGAGAUGGUCUUUAACCUUUUUAGAGAAAUGCAGGCAAAGGGUGCUCUUCCAAAUCAGUAUACAUUGUCUAGUGUUUUCAAGUGUUGUUCAGCUGAAAACAAUCUUCAAAUGGGUAAAGGAAUCCAUGCGUGGGUUCUCAGGAAUGGGGUUGAUGGAGAUGUUGUGCUGGAGAAUUCUAUUCUUGAUCUUUACUUGAAAUGCAAGGCUUUUGAAUAUGCUGAAAGUUUUUUUGAGUUGAUGAUUGAGAAAGACAUUGUGUCGUGGAAUAUAAUGACCGGUUCAUAUCUCCGUGUAGGAGAUGUGGAGAAGUCUCUUGACAUGUUCAGGAAGUUUCCUUACAAGGAUGUUGUGAGUUGGAAUACUAUCAUAGACGGGUUUAUGCAAUGCGGUUAUGAAAGACUGGCUUUGGAACAACUCUAUCGUAUGGUGGAAUAUGGGACUGAAUUCUCUGCUAUCACUUUCUCCAUAGCUCUCAUUUUGGCGUCCUCUUUGUCACUUGUGGAAGUUGGGAGACAACUUCAUGGAAGGGUCUUAAAAUUUGGUCUCAACAGUGAUGGCUUUAUAAGGAGUUCACUUGUGGAAAUGUAUGGCAAGUGUGGGAGAAUGGAUAAGGCAUCUACAAUUCUCAAAGAUGUACCUCUCAAUUUUUUGAGAAAAGAGAAUUUUGGAGUUACUUGCAAGGAACCAAAGGCAGGAAUGGUUUCAUGGAGUUCAAUGGUUUCUGGUUAUGUUUGGAAUGGAAAGUAUGAAGAUGGUAUGAAAAUUUUCAGGUCAAUGGUUCGCGAACUGGUUGUAGUCGACAUUCGAACUGUUGUAACCAUUAUUUCGGCCUGUGCUAAUGCUGGAAUUUUGGAGUUUGGUAAACAGAUUCAUGCAUACAUUCAGAAAAUCGGGCUUAGGAUAGAUGCUUACGUUGGUUCUUCGUUAAUUGAUAUGUAUUCUAAAUCUGGUAGCUUGGACGACGCUUGGAUGAUUUUCAGACGAAUCAAUGAACCAAAUGUUGUCUUGUGGACUUCAAUGAUAUCUGGCUGUGCUCUACAUGGUCAAGGAAGGAAUGCAAUUAGUCUCUUUGAAGGAAUGUUGCAUCAGGGUAUCAUUCCAAAUGAGGUUAGUUUUGUAGCGGUUUUAAAUGCAUGCAGCCAUGUAGGGCUUAUUGAAGAAGGAUGUAGAUAUUUUAAGAUGAUGAAAGAUAUUUAUCACAUCAACCCUGAAGUUGAGCACUACACUUCUAUGGUCAAUCUUUAUGGUAGAUCAGGUCACUUGUUUGAGGCAAAAAACUUCAUCUUUGAAAAUGGCAUCUCUCACUUGACUCCUGUAUGGAGGUCAUUUUUAUCUUCGUGUCGUCUUCAUAAAAAUAUUGAGAUGGGAAAGUCGGUUUCUGAAAUGCUACUUCAAAGUGCGCCGUCUGAUCCAGACGCGUAUAUUUUGCUAUCAAACAUGUGUUCUUCGAAUCAUAGAUGGGACGAAGCUGCCAAAGUAAGGGGUUUAAUGCAUCAAAGAGGUGUUAAGAAGCAGCCUGGUCAAUCUUGGAUUCAACUAAAGGAUCAAAUCCACACUUUUAUAGUGGGAGAUAGGUCUCACCCACAAGACAAGGAAAUAUAUUCACAUCUUGAUUCUUUAAUAGGAAGAUUGAAGGAAAUUGGAUAUUCCCUCGAUGUAAAAUUGGUCAUGCAGGAUGUAGAAGAAGAACAAAGGGAAGUACUUAUUAGUCAUCACAGUGAAAAACUUGCACUUGUGUUUGGUAUCAUUAACACAUCACAGAGGACUCCAAUUCGAAUCAUGAAGAACCUCCGGAUUUGUACCGAUUGCCAUAACUUCAUCAAGUAUGCAUCUCAACUUCUAGAACGUGACAUAAUUGUCAGAGAUACACAUAGGUUCCAUCAUUUUAAGCAGGGUAAUUGCUCUUGUGGAGACUAUUGGUGACAUAAGGUAAAAUGUAUCUAUACAACAGUAGAUGCUAGACUGACCAUGACCAAUCAUUUCAAUAUCGAUAUCAUCUAUAUUCCGAGACUCAAUCAUCUAAGUUGUUACAAAGUGUUGAUGAAGUAGAGCAUCAAAUCGGAUGAAAGUUACAUUCCGAGACUUAAUCAUCUAAGUUAUGCUCAAAACAUGACCCUGGUAUGUAUUGUAUCAGUAUUUGUAACCAAAGAUUUAAUUUUUCCUGAUAUAUUAUGAUUUUUGUGUAUUCAGCAUUCAAAUGGCCUGGCCUGGCUUAGCCGGGCCAGUUAAAUCAGGACUGGGCUAGGAUGAGACAUUCACAAGACCCUAUAAGGACUCACCUAAUUCUCUUGAAUCUUGAUGCUUAAGGGAGUGUACAUCAAGGAUGCUCUGGCACAAGUUUUAAAUUUGUAGCACUUUUAUUAUUCCUUUGUAUUCUUCUAGUGAUCUGUGGCUUUAGUAGUUAAGCAUUAUUAUAAGAUCAAAUCAGUAUUAUAUGCUUGAAAUUGUAAG